AUGUAAAUAAACAAGAUUUGAACAGGACCUUUAAACCGUCAGCUGUCAAGGGGAUCGACUGGAAACCACACUGAAGGGGCUGUGGAUCAAAGUGUCUGCGACGGCAAGCUAUGCAGUAUGUCUCCAAAAGGAAUCCGGACACCUGUCAUUUCGGUGAAGGAAGCCCCACCUUGAUAUCCAGCGAACAGACAUAUGGGCACAACUUUGCUGAAACACUGCCCGUGGAAAUGUGCGUGAACAUUUUCAGCAAACUGGACAUUAAGAGCCUGUGCAGCGCCGCGGUUACAUGCAAACAGUGGAACCACAUUAUUGAAAAAAGCGACCAUCUUUGGAGGAACCACUGCCUGACUGUGCGAGCGGUCUGUCAGCGAGAAGUCGAUGGGGACCGAGAAGAGGGCCUUUCUUGGAAGGUCAUCCUCGUGCGAAAUUAUCAGAAAGGUUAUGUGAAGAAAGAGUGGCUAAGUGGCCGCUUUAGCUUCAUUCACUCUGCAGAGGAAAUCCCGGACAAGAGCAUGUGCCCUCUGGAUGCAGAGACCUGGGGUGAAAUUUUGGAAGCAGAGCUGGAGAGAUAGUGUAAAUAAUCAAGUGGGUAAGGGGGUGUAGUGGAAGAGCCCUGUGAAAAAUUAAAGAAAACAUAAAAAAAAACAAAAACACUG